AUUGUUCCCACCCUCCAAUCAUGGCGAUGCCAGGCGUUCAGACAUUGAGGCUGCGCAGGCCCGGAAAGAACAUGACACAAUCACCGAGGUUCAAAGAUCGGCACACGGGCAUGCUCCAAGACAAAAUUCGAAGAACAGCAAAGGCGCCAUGGUCUCCCAGUCUCUCUGUUGCUUUCAGAAUGAUCAUUCUUAUACGUUUCUGCUCUGCGAUGUACUCAAAUAUUCAAGAUUGCGAUGAAGUUUUCAACUUUUGGGAACCCUUGCAUUAUCUUGACAAAAAUUACGGAUUCCGAACAUGGGAAACUUCGCCGCUUUAUGCCAUCCGGAGUUGGGCAUACAUUAUAUUACACUUUCCGUUUACCCGGUUGCCAAACUUGGUUCAUGGCGCAAGCAAGCGACAAGCAUUUUUUGCUGUACGAAUUGUCUUGGCCUUUAUCAGUUCUUAUUCUGAGGCAGCCUUCUAUCGAACGGUUGCAAGUCAUGUGAAUGACCGAGUGGGGAGGUACAUGCUAUUCAUGAGUUUACUUAGUCCGGGGAUGUGGAGUGCUUCAUCAGCACUUCUGCCUUCAUCGUUUUCGAUGUAUUUUUUAUGUUUGGCUUGGUCUUUCUCAUUUCAGCCCCCUUCUCAGUCCACCCGUUCUCGCACGUUUGGUGCUGUGCUAUGCUUCGCGGUAGCCUCAGUAGUGGGAUGGCCGUUCUCGCUUCUUCUUGCGCUGCCAUUCGUCAUUGAAGAAGUCCUUGUUUACGGGAAGGACCGGGUCCCCCCUGCAGCAUAUCGCAUUUGGAUUCUAGGUCGAAUUAAACGCCUGAUUGCUUGCGCCGUCACAGCUGUGACGAUAUUCAUACCUGUCAUAGCCAUCGACUCGUUGGCGUAUGGGCGUCUAUCGGUGGUGCCUUGGAACAUUGUCAAGUACAAUAUCUUUGGGGGAGCUGAACGUGGGCCUCACCUAUAUGGCACAGAGCCAUGGUACUUUUACAUCCUUAAUUUGCUAUUGAACUUCAAUAGCAUGUUACCUUUGGCUCUCAUUUCGCUACCAGCAUUGGUCAUCACUUACCGGUACGAUUAUACCCGAUUGGGCCCAAUUAAACAUCGUCAAGAUGAAAGUUCCCCCUUCACUCUGGUGGUCAUGCGCCUACUUCCUCUCUACAUCUGGAUCAUUGUACUCUCCAUUCAGCCGCACAAGGAGGAACGAUUUAUGUACCCUGCAUAUCCUCUGAUAGCUUUCAAUGCUGCAACAACGGUCUUCCUCCUUCGUGGAUGGGUUGAGGCCAUCUACAUUCAAUUUACAUCUCCAUAUGCGGCAACACAGACAUCCCUGUUCAAGUACAUGACAAUUUCUAUUGUCAUCACAUCAACGGUGUUGUCGUCCAGCCGAAUCCUCGCAUUGAGUCAUUAUUACCAUUCACCACUCGAAAUCGCGCACUAUUUCGAACAUGUGGAGCUCCCAAGACUUUUGAAUGCUACGGGCUUGCUCCCACCUCCGCCUCCGCCACGCAAGGGUGAUAAUCCUACGUAUCAAACGGAUUUAUCCGUCGACCUGGGUCCGAUCAAGCGCUUUGACCUACGCAUCUGCUACGGCAAGGAAUGGUACCGCUUCCCAGGGCACUACCUAAUUCCAAGUGGCGUAGACGUUCAGUUCAUCAAAAGCGAGUUUGAAGGAUUGCUACCGCGAAAAUUCGAGAGAAGUAACGGUGUUGAAGGACUGUGGAAGAGGGAGAAAACGAAAGAGAUUCCACUAGGAUUAAACGACCUGAAUCGAGAAGAAUUGGACAUUUACGUCCACCCCAACACAUGUGACUACCUCGUGGACCUGGACUUCCCCCUUCACCCGUCCUUUUCCCCGAUGGAACCGAGGUAUUCAGUCAACAAUGCAACAUGGGAACGGGCACAAUGCCUACCUUUCUUAGACGCUGCCCACUCAUCCCAGCUCACCCGAAUCCUAUAUUUCCCAUUCCCGAAGUGGCAAUCCUUGAAUUCCUUUGGUGAUUAUUGUCUCCUUCGGAACAAGAAGAGAAUAGAGAUGAUCGAGAAGUCGGAAUGGUAGCAAUGUGUACAAAAUUUAUUAAUCUAUUCGUACAAAAGGACGCGAGGUUUCAUCAUGGGCAUGCCUGCCCAUGCCCGCUGUAGCUAGUAGUUCAUAUAAGAUGGGUGACGCGAUCGAGAAUCCCCCUCUAAAAGAGCUCCAACCAAAUUGCAUCCCG